AUGCAGACUUCUGAAGUGUAUAGUGAAAAAGUUACAGUUUUCACAAUGCAUGAUCUGGUGCAUGACUUGGCAAUUUCACUCCUUGACAACAAACUUCUGGAUAAGAGCAAACGAGAAAAUAAUUUGGGAAGAAGCAGCCAUUACCAAUAUGCGUUGCUUGGAGAUUGCAGCAUGCCACUGUGGUUGAAAAGUGCAGCUGAGUUAAUAGCACUGCGUUUUCUUGACUGUCGCAGCACUGAACUACACGGUGCUGCAUUUGCACCUGCUAGGUCCCUGAGAGUAUUGGAUUUAAGCGAGUGUUGCAGCCCCAAGUUGCCAGAUUCCAUUGGUGAAUCAGAAUCUUUGUGGAGCCUGAGCCGAUUGGAGCAUUUGAGUUUAUCAGGGUGCACGAUCAACGCAGACCUGGCUAAAGCACUAUGCGGCCUCACGGAACUGCAAUAUUUGGAUCUAUCGCAAGUCCCUUGCUCGGGAAACCUCUGCAGAGGGCUACAACAAGUCUUGGUCACGUUCACUAAACUCAGGUUCUUGGAUGUACGUGGAGUCCUCGACUGGAACGGAGUUGGCGGGGCUGAAACCGAGACUUUUAUUGAGGCCAUCAGCAGACUUUCCCGUCUAGAGUGUCUUUAUAUAGGUUGGAAUGAUUGUCUGCAUAAUAUACCCGAAUCCAUUGGCAACCUCAGAAAGCUACGCACACUAGAUCUCUCGCAUUGCGUCAACCUGGAGAGGCUGCCAGCUGCCAUAUCUAGAAUUGACAACAUGAAGUUUCUAAAUGUAGCUCGUUGCGACAGAUUGGAUAAGUCCACUCUACCUCUGUACAAGAAUGUUGCAGUGUUGUUACCAUAUUUUGUGGUCCAUGCUGGUGAUAGUGAAUCUAGCAGCAACCUAUAUCAGCUUGAAUAUGAAAAUCCCACUAAAGUGGAGAUGAUCGGGCUUGAGAAUGUGAAGUCCGCAGGAGAGGCGCAGAAAAUAAUGCUGGUGAAAAAGCAUAGGAUUAAAAAGCUGGGACUAGUAUGGACUCGAGAUGCAAAGAGAUUUGUGGACGACGAGGAUAUUUUGAAACAACUAGUGCCACCAUACAAUGUAGGACAAAUGAGACUGCAAGGUUAUAAUAGCGCAGGCUUUCCAUCCUGGAUGAUGGACAUUGCUACCUAUCUUCCUCAUCUCGUAGAUGUUACCCUGGAGGACAUGCCCAAUUGCAGUAGCCUACCACCACUUGGUCAGUUACCAAACCUUGAAAAGCUGCGGAUCAGACGAAUGGAUAGCAUCAGGAAGAUUGGCCAGGACCUGUACGGGGACGGGGGCUCGAAAAGAAGAUCAUUUCCUCGACUUCGGAGCUUUGAACUGCAGGAAAUGAAAUGCCUCGAGGAGUGGAACACGUCAUGCUCAUAUCCCAGCAGUGGCGACGAUGAUUCGAAGGACCAAGCGUUCCCCAACCUAGAGGAUUUGGUUAUAGCAGACUGCCCCAUGCUGAGAUUCAAAUCCUUGUUACCUCUAGCGGAGCAGACGUCUCUGGGUUGGAAUAGGAACACGACCAUAAUCCGUAGUGGCCAAGUCAUACCGUCGUCAUGGAAGUGCAGUGCCGAAUUCGAUGCUUACUCCUCUGCAGCAACCACCUGCCUUCGGGUACAGCGCUGUGAAGCGCCUCUGCGUCAGUGGAGCUUGCUUCGCCACCUCCCUUGCCUCAAAGAAUUACGCAUUGAGGACUGCAGCGAUCUCACAUGCAGCUCAACAGAUUUGCUUCGCUGUCUUCCCUCCCUCGAGGCUCUAUAUGUCAGAGAUUGCAAAAGCAUUGCUGCACUGCCAGAGAGGCUAGGAGACCUCACCUCUCUCAAGAAACUUAAGAUACGUAAUUGUGAAGGUGUCAAGGCUCUGCCAGAGAGCAUACAACAACUCACCUGCCUCCAGUGCCUAAAAAUUUAUAGCUGCCCUCAGCUAGUUCAGUGGUGCAAAUCGGAGGAGAAUAAGAUGAAGCUCGCUCACAUCAAACAAAUCAUAAUAGAUUAUGUGCGGCUAUGUGUGAUCAGCAUGCAGGAGUCAGAUAGGGAAGUCGAGACAAAAUUGCAGUACAAGAAUGAGGCAAUCCUUUUACCAAAUUUUGUGGUCCAUGCUGCUGACGGUGAAGCUAUUAGUAAUAUUUAUCAGCUAGAAUAUGAAAAUCCUACUAACUUUGUGAUUUGCAGGCUUGAAAAAGUGAAGUCUGCAGAAGAUGCCCAGAGAAUAAAGCAGGUGGAAUGCCUAGAGGAAGAGGUGUGGAAAACACGUCCCAGUGAUGAGGAUGGUUCGAAUGAGCUCGUGUCAAUACAAGGCUGCGUACCUGUGCUAGUUAAGCACAUGAUCAUAUACACAGUAGCGAUGAAGUAA